AUGUCUGACGAAUCUGGAGAGGAUCUCCUGACUGUCACGAGCACUGGCAGGAGUCUUUUGGAUGCCGGGUAUUCCUUCAGGUUUUCUUUUACUCAGCCCGGCGCCGUCCGAAGCUUUGCUCGGAACGUGACCUACCAAGGCAACCAAUUCCUGACCGUGGCCUCAGGGGAUCACGAGGUGACUUUCCAAGUGACCUCAACCGACGGAUAUAUCAAGCUGGCCGUGGAGUCUGCGCGAGGCUUCUCGGCGAGCUUUUGGGACGAGGUGGACUUGGAGUUGGAGAUACUUGCUCAAGGGUCAGCUUUGGAGCUGCCGGUGUUUUCGGGACCUCACGGCGCUGUAGGCCUUUGGCCCCUGGAUUACUACGUCUCGGUGAGCUCCGGCUCUUCAUUGCGCGCCACCUUCAGCGGGGCGCUGCUGAACCGAGGGCACAGCGCGUCCGUGGCCCUGCUGGCGGCCGCGGAUCUUCAGAGCUUCAGCGGUGCCGUGGAGGCGCUGAAAGGCCGGGAAGGCGAGUUUCUGCCGCCUGCGGCGGCCCGGGGCCUCUUCCUGCGGCCUUUGGACUUCCAGGACGUGCACGCGCUGCCAACCUCCGGCUUCAGCGGCCUGCGCUUGGACGCUGACGUGGAGGCGAAUCUUCCGGUGCAGCUGGAGCGCAGCCUCUGCCUGCAGCCCAACACCCCGGAGUUCCAGGCCGCCCUAAGCUCCAGCAGCUUGGCAGCUUGGGGCAGCGCGGUGCUGGCAGCGCCACUGGCGCAGGGUGCGGAAGUGCUGCAGCUCACGCCGGACGCUGCCGCCCAAGGCGCGGGGUCCGUGCGAUGCGGGACUACGUUGGCCAAGAAGAUAUGCAUGGCCGGCCGCCGGGUUUGA